AUGACAACCUCAGCUGCAAUCGCACAGACUUUAACACCGUUUCAAAAAUCGCAAGAAGAGAUCAGUGACUCUUUUGAGGGUAUGAGUAUUCAAGGGGAGGACGAAGCCGCCAAAGAAAAUAUCGAUGUCGCUCAACAUUUUCACGUCGUGGGGGCGUUUGAUAUGCCGAGAUACGUCUUUGACGAGAACUCAAAUACAUUUUACAAAUCGAAGGUGCAACCAGCGGCAAUAUGUAGUGCAACUGAAAAAGGAGAAAUGUAUCGAAACAGACUGAAGCUCAUAAAACAAAGAAUCUUAAGGAAUGAAACCUUUUGUCCACCCACAAUGAACAUUGAUGACAACGAUAAUUAUGUCAAAUUGACAUCCAUCAAAUCAUUGAUCGGUCGUGAUAAGAAAGCUUUUGUAAUCUUCGGAAUGCUAACACAAUUGGAAGAAGGCAAAAUCUAUCUUGAAGACGAGGACGCAAAUAUAGAAUUAGUGCUCAAUAAUGCUACGUACGAUUACGGACUCUUCACGGAUGGCUGCUUUGUCAUUGUUGAAGGUGUUUACGGCGAAGACCAUAGAUUUCAUGUGCAAGAGAUCCAUUUGCCUCCGGCUGAACCUCGUGAUAUUUCAGAUGUAAUGUUCGGACAUGUGGAUUUCUUGGGCUUACCAAAACCACUUGUGGAUGAGAACCUUUUGAAACUUGAAGAAAAAGCUCAUGGUGAAAUUACAUUUGUGAUUAUGUCAGACGUACAUUUAGAUCAGCCAAGGGUUAUGGACGCGUUACGGCAAAUAUUUGCAGGUUAUGCAGCUGCUCAAAUUCCCUUAGCAUUCAUUAUGAUGGGCAAUUUUACCAGUCAAGAUAAUGCCUUCACAGGAACAGAUGUUGAUGAUUACAAAGAUAAUUUCUCAGCAUUAGCAGAUCUAAUCAAUGAACAUCCUUUGCUGGCUACACACUCGAAUUGGGUGUUUGUUCCAGGACCCAAGGAUCCAUGGGCUGGUACGGUUUUACCUAGAGCACCAAUCCUACCGAGUUUUGUCCCUAGAAUGAGACAGAAAGUAAGGAAAGUACAUUUUACGACAAAUCCUUGCCGGAUACGUUAUUGUACACAAGAUAUUGUGGUUUUUCGAGAAGAUUGGAUGCAGAAAAUGUGGAGAAAUACUUUACUGUCAACGAACCUAGAAGCGGAUAAUGAUCCUGUUAACCAUUUUGUCCAUACAAUUGUAGACCAAGGACAUCUUUGUCCACUUCCCUUAUCAGUAAAACCUGUCAUGUGGGCUUUUGAUAAUGCGUUAAGCUUAUACCCUUUACCUCAUGCAUUAAUUAUUGCAGACAAGUAUGAAAAUUAUGGAAUCUCUUAUGAAGGUACCACUUGCAUCAAUCCAGGUAGCUUGCUUAAUUCUGAUUUCACUUGGAGUAUCUAUUAUCCUAGCUUACGCGUUGCAGAAAAAUGGUAA